AUGUAUAAUUAUGCUCCUUUCUCUCAGGCCUUCAACUUGGACACGGAUACUGCAGAUGCCAAAAUUCGUAUGGCGAAAGAGCAAAGGGAGCAGACUCGUCAAUAUUUGGAGGCACAGAUUGCUGCACAAGAUCUGGUCACCAAAUGGAUUAUUGACACCACUUAUAAUAGAAUGCAAGUCAAAGGACAAGUGAUCCGAGGCAUUCGAAGUAAUUUUGAGGUUGAAAAUUAUGCGAUGCCUCCACCAGAUCCAAAACAUCAGCAUAAAGUGUCCGUGCUUAAGACUUUGCGAGGAAUCGAACAAAUUGCUGCAUUGCAGGAUUUGUACAGAGGCUGGUUACCGAAGACUCCGACACAGCUGAGAGAUGAAUUGGCAAGAGAACCAAGAAUUUUAGAUCCUGAUCAGGCUAGAUUUGCCAGAGCCAUCAGGGAAACAGACAGAAUGUCGGAUACUGAUUCUGGUGGUGAAUCUUCAGAUCAUAGUGUUGAUCUACCCAAAGGAGACACUGCAGGUGAUUAUGUGCCAGUGAACGAAGCCAGAUACUCUCAGUUUGAAGUGGCCACCAUCGAUCAGAUGAAAACAGAAGAAGUGUUUUCUCAGCGAGAUGCUACAUUGUUGAGGGAGUAUUUCAAUCGUCACUUUGCAGAAAUGAUGGCACUCAAGGAGAGAGAAAUGAAAGUUAUCGCAGAUAAAAACGAACGAUUGAGGUAUAUUGUCAAUGAGCAGAACAUUUUGGCAGAGCUCAAGGACUGCUCUUUGGACUAUAUUACCGUAGACGUGAUGGAUCCUGAAUGGUCUCCGGCAGAAAAACCAGAAACUAUUGUAACAGUGGCUGAUGAUGAAGUUGAUGCUAAAAGAUAUAUAUCACCGAGUGAGCAGUUACUUUUAGAUGAAAAAGCAGCUGAAGAAGAAAGAAUUCGAUUACUUCAAUUAGCUGAUGAUUUUCGUCUAAGGGCUCUUAUGAAAAUGAUGAACGGAGUUCUAGAAGUCCUAUGGGAGGAUGAAAUUAAAAAGACACCUCCUGAGCCUAAGUGCUUAACAGAAAAGAGACCAGAAGAGUACACUGAGGAAGAUCUGAAAUUGAUCAAGGAAUACAAUGAUAAAAUUGCUUUUCUUCAGUCGGAAAGAGAACGUUAUAAACGAAUGCUACAGGCCGAAUAUGAAAAAGUCACAAAUUAUGUUGAAACUGGCAUCGAAAGGUUCAAUCAUCGUCUUUCCGACUUUCUAGUAAAGAAGCUGAAAGUGGAAAGUGCUAUUAAGCAAGAAGGAUUUAAGGUUGCUCGUAAUAGACGCACGUGCAUUCAACGUAUCCAGUUUAAUCGAAAAGAAGUUGCAAUGGAGAAGGAAGUGCAGGCGAAGGCUCAAGAAGUUGAAACUUUACAAAAGGAAGUGACAGCAUUGAUGGAUCGCGUUAAAGAAUGUCGAAAGGCAUAUGAGGCUAUGAACAAUCGAGAUCGUCAACUUGAGAGGAACUUUAAAGCAAACUUUGAAGAUCGCAGUGCUGUGAUCCAAGAUCUCAUACUAAAGGCUUACAGGAAGCGCCCACGCUGGUCUCAAAAAUUGAUUCAGAGUCCUGUUGUGCUGCAUCAAAUGGCACGCUGCUGCGGUUCUGAUGAUUCGAAAUACAAUCUGCUGCCUCAGGACGCAGCUGAAUUUCUGAAUGCUAUGCUGCAGUUGGACCAUUCGUCGCAGGCACCUAAAGCCUUAGAUGAGAAUAUCUGGAAGAACAUGGUCAAGCUGAGAUCUCAGAAGCUCGAGAUAGAAAUUAAACUAAAAGCUCUGGCGCUGGAACUUGCUGAAGUGGAAAACACACAGCAGGAUUUGGUUUGGUAA